AUGGCUUCGUCAGACCACUCAGCAAGCUCCCACGAAAAAGCAUUAGCGGCGCUGGCGAGACUACAAUCCAAACGCAAUUUACCGCGGAAUCCGUCUAAGCGUACUCCUCAUAGAGACUCUCGCGCUAACACUGCUGAUCGCAUCGAGAAAGCCCUAAAAGAGGCUGGCCUGCACACCUGGGGCUUCCCUAUCUAUCGAUGCACCUAUCAAAACGACUCGGACUGGGCCGAGUUUUUACGUCGAUACCGAUGGCAUGUCUCCGACGCGCUCCAGUGCUAUAAUGGUCUAGACAUGCUCGAUAGCUUUCAGACGACUGUCUUCGAGGAUCGAGCCCUUUUCGAAGGCGCGAGCACGGCGACCAUCCGUGAGCAUUUCCAGAAAUGGGCCGUUACUGCUAUCCAGGAAGACGGUGGAUCGCCGGAUUUGAUUCGCUACUGGAAUAUUCGAGUGGCGCGUUAUCGGUACUGCCUUUUUGUGGAUCAAGAGUCCUUGCAAAGUGUCCUUCAGGCACCAAUUGACGACUGUCUUAAUAAAUAUGCAUAUGUUAAUAUGCUGAAGGGGUGGUGGAAACCUGAGUCUAUUGACGAUUACAUGCCGGAAGACUUUGAAGACCUAGAUCGGCCUGAGGACAUACUGGACGAUAGUUAUGAUCCUGUCGAAGGGUGCACUGUAAAGGAUGUUGGGUGGAUGAAGGUUGCUUUAUGUGACGCAGGGCUGCAAGGGUAUGAAAGGAUGGGUGAUGAUGAUGAGUGGGAAAGAGUAUAUGAGCGUCCUCCUGAGAUUUGUUACUAUAUCUCCAAUGUGCUUGAUCGGCGAUAG